UGGUCCCUUGGUUGUAUGAUAAAAACAAUUCUGCUAAUUCAGAAUAUGCAAAACGCAACCCUUUCCGUUUGGAGACUUAGCGAGCCGAGCAUCUACGAAACGGAAAAAUUUUUUUUUUUUGCUGUCAUUUGACAGAAAAGACAGGAAAUAUCGAUCGAGUGUCACGUUCGGCUGUAAUUUCACGCAGGCGUGGAUAGCGCCAAUGAGAUUGCGAGUGAGGAUUGGAACGUGAAAUGCUGCACUGAUUUUAAGAGGAGGUACCGCGUGUUGUCACGCACUGAGCGCACUAUUUCAUCUUUGACCGCGUAAGACGUAAAGGUACCGUCACUUCUGAAAAUGGAGAACUAUCUGGAUGAGAGAUCGGCAGAAUACGGCGAUAAAUUUGAAAAAUAUCAACUCGAUGUUGAAGGCGAUCAAUGGAACAAAGAAGUAGGAGGGAAGGAAGGAUUGUCGGUGUCGAAUGAAUAUCAAGACGGCGAACAGGUACAUUCUACCACUGUCAGCGUUUCUAACGGCGACGCAAUGGAAGCGUCCUCAAGUGAGUUUACGAAUAGUCAUACAAGACCCACGCUAGACAAGAGUGAAAAUGGAUCUGUAACUUGCCUGGAUCAGGAAGAAAGUGAUUUUGUUUCAUCGGAGACGCAGAGAGAAGAAUUGCAACAGUUAUGCGAUGUAUUGAUAGAGGAGCGAGAUAUGGCGACAGCUUCGCUUAGAGAGCGAAGUGACGAGGUGUUGCGCUUACGAAAACGCGCGUUGGAAAGUGAACACGAGAAAUCGGAUUUAAAAAUCCGAUUAGCCGCGGCUCAAGGCCGCUCAGAACAACUCGAAGAAGAUCUGACAUCCGUUAAAGAGGAGAAUGAAAGAUUGAAAGCUGAGAUCGAGGAGUUGAGAAAUAGGAUUGACGUGCUACAAGCGGAGAGCGCCAACCCUAAAAUUAGGUUACAAGCGCGCGAAGAUCGCUUUGAUGUUGCUGAUGGAAAAAUAACGAAGGAAGAUUAGGAAAGUACAGAGCUAGCGCUUGAGGUGGCGGACGAAUCGAUUUGUGUUGUAAGCGAAAAAGAAGAGGACAAACCUGAACAGCAAGAACAUGAACAUACUGUUGUUGCAAAUAAAGGAAAGACUGGAUUUGAAGCUCAACACACCGAGGGAGAAGUAAGCUUAUUCGCUGCACCAGAAGAAACGCCACCAGCGACUGAAAGCGAAGUGGCGCUGGACGAAUCAGUUUGUCCUGCAAGCGAAGAAGAAGAGGUCAAGAAAAAGCGAGAACUUGAACAGCCUGUUAUCGUAAGUGAAGGAACAACUGAGCUCAAAGCUGAAAGAACCGAGGAAGAAGUAAGUUUACUUGCUCCACUGGAAGAAAUGCCACCAGUGACUGAAACCGCCGAAGUGGCACUCGGCGAAUUGGUUUGUGUUGCAAGCGAAGAAGAAGAGGUCAACAAACAGAAAGAAUUUGAGCACCCUGUCAUCGUAACUGAAGGAACGACUAUACUAGAAGCUGAGAAAACCAAAGAAGAAACAAAUUCAAUCGAUCCACCAAAAGAAACGCCUCGAGAAACUGAAAGCGAAGUGGUUGUAAAGAGAAGAGAAACUUGGCGCACAGCUCCGAAUCAUUAUCGUCACUCGUUUGCCGGGAGUCUUCCAAGGCCAUUUCACACCUUAGAGCUGCACUCACAACAUUCGCUCGAUCAUUCCUCGAAGCACGAGCGAUCGGUGUCAGUUCAUUCCGACACGAGCGGCGAGAGCGAAUCGGAUGUACAUGCAUCCUCAACUAUGCCGAGCUUCAUGAGAAGGAAAGUCGAAAAACCUUUCAUGAAAUCAACUUGAUUCAGCCCCGUACAGUUUAAUUAUCAACCGCUCCCUGAGAGGAUAUCGAACAGACGUGGGAGCUGGUUAGGUGAAGCGAGAGUGCGGAGUGAUAGCUUUCCUACUGCACACGAGAAUUCAUCUGAUAGCGAAAGUAGCGAGGUGGUAACUAACGCGAGCGUUUCAGUGGCCGAGAGUGCGCGGGAAUGGGUGCAACAAGAACAAGUCGCUAACUCAUUGAACUCUGCGCCAAAGAAGAUCGAGGGAGUGAAUGGAAGCGACAGCCCGAGUGAAUUUGCUCGGUCGCUCGACUUUGACGCACAACUGCCACAAUACAAUGAAACUGCUCGAGAUUCUUCCAUAGAUUUGGCACCGAACGCGAAUCAUGGAAAUGGAACAGAAGUUGUGCUGCAUAAUGGCGAAACAGAAGUAGAUAAAGAGGAAAAGGGGAAAAGGGAACAUGUCUCUGAUUUAGUGACCUUGUGGAACAGUAGAACAGAGCUAGAGGUUUUCGAAAUUUAAUUACCUUUGAGUGAACUGAAAUUGUGACUUCGCCGCCGAUCAAGUGUUCGUAAACGUGACUUAAUCGGGUCCAAUGCGCUAACCCUCAAAACUUGACGUAUGUAUUUUUCAUGGGUCAAAGGAUCAGAACACUAGCCAUGCAGAAUAAAUUCUCUGAUUUAUCUCAUCCCUGAAUUAGCGCCGAAGAUCGACCCCUGGAAUGAUGCAGAAACGUUUAUCCGAAUGCUUUCAAUGUUGUCGGCGGCUUGUUGAGUUUUACAAGAGUUCUGUUAUGUACACAAACCAUUUUAUUGUCUAAACCUCUUCGUGGUUAUUAUUAUGUCAAAGAAAGGAUAUUUCUACUUUAAUUUCAAUACGGCUUUUUUACCUUUUUGAUCAUUUUAUAUCAGAUUUAAAUAACUGAAGACCAUAUUUAAGGAAGGGAGAAUCCAUAAACAGAAGCGAGGUCCCUUUAAAUUUGGAAUUUGCUUGAUUUGAAUAAAAAUACAUCAUUGGCGUG